GAUCACGUGAUAGUCAUGUGACCAUGCAAAUGUUAUAAAUUUAUUUACAUCCUAAUUUUUGACAUAUUUCACAUCUAUACAAAAUGUCACGAGCAACAGCACCAAGCAAAGAAAACUGCAUCGACGGAUACAAAUAUGUGUUUAAUAAAGAUCUGCUAAAAGAUAAGGUGGCAUUUGUUACUGGAGGGGGAACAGGCAUUGGCUUCACUAUUGCUGAGGUUCUUAUGAGACAUGGAUGUGAUACUGUGAUUGCAAGUCGUCGUUUGGAUAAACUACAAGAAUCGGCAGCUACUUUAGAGGCGGCUACAGGGAGAAAAUGUAUCCCUGUACAGAUGGAUGUCAGAGAUCCAAAGAAAGUCCAGCAGGCAGUUGGUGAGGCCAUGAGAAGAUUUGGAAAAAUUAACUUCCUUAUAAAUAGUGCAGCAGGUAACUUUUUGUGUCCAGCUGAAGGUCUGUCAUUCAAUGCAUUUAAAACAGUAAUGGACAUUGAUGCCAUGGGCACAUUUAAUGCCACUAAAGUUGUUUUUGAUGAAUACAUGAAGAACCAUGGCGGUGUGAUUAUAAAUGUAACAGCCACUCUACAGGUCAGAGGUCAAGUAUAUCAGUGUCAUGCUGGAUGUGCCAAGGCUGCUAUUGAGACAAUGACUAAACAUCUAGCUGUAGAGUGGGGAGAGAAGGGGAUUCGACUUAUGUGUGUAGCACCUGGACCUAUAGCUGAUACUGAAGGCUUUAGCAGGCUCGGAGGAAAGGCUAUAAGAGAUGACUACAUUAAAACCAUUCCCGUACAACGUCUGGGUAAACGGGAGGACAUUGCUAAUACUGUACUCUACUGCAUCAGUGAUGCUGCCCAGCUGUUAACUGGAACAACUGUGAUAGCUGACGGUGGAGCCUGGUUGACAAGUGAAAACAAUCUAGGCAGAAUUAGGCGUAUUGUGGAGAUGUAUUCAAAAUUGUGAACAGAUCAAAACUUAAAUGCGAUAUGAUAACUAUUUUAUAUUAUUUAUACCAACAUAAGAAAAGUAAAAUUUUAUUGAAGUGAAUUAUGUAGAAAUAUUGCAAUUAUAAAGUCAUUUUAUUGAAGUCAAUUAUAUAUAAGAUAUUGCAGUAAAGUGCAACAGUACUGUUACCAGUUGAAGAAUCGCAUUGUUGAAUUGAUGUACAGGACACAAUUGUUUUUGUUAACAAUUAACUGGUCUUUUAUUACAUGCAGUUGGUUAAUCCACAUGAUGCCCUUUUUUUGCCACGGGGCGAAUAUCUUCUCUGCUCAAACAGCUAAAGAAUAGUUAUACAUGUAUACAAACAUGUUGCCCUUAAUG